UUAAAGCGGGAGCCGGGCGCGUUCACUUCAGUCCACUCGACGUCCUCUCGGCGGCAACAAGGUCCUCCGGAGAGCCCGCAGCGGACUGCUCUCCCUCCGGUACAACUACUAACGGCUCCCAGUCGGUUCUCCUCCUCCCGCCGCCCUCUCUUUUAGUACGAGACGGACUUUACGGUUGGCAGCCAAGUGGUCACAUGAUGGAGGAACUUCACGACGUCCAGCUGACUGAGAUCAAACCGCUCCUGACUGGACAGAACGGAGGAAACCUGCAGGACUUUGACUGUCAGGAGUACGACGUGGAGACGAGUCACUGUGUGCUGCACGUGACCAUGAGAGGGGUUGCUAAGGGCAACCGGCCCACCAUCCUUACCUACCAUGACAUUGGACUCAACCACAAGUCUUGUUUUAACAGCCUGUUUAACUACGAGGACAUGCAGGAAGUGACUCAGCACUUCUCGGUUUUGCACGUGGACGCUCCAGGACAACAGGAGAACGCUCCCGCUUUCCCCACCGGGUACCAGUAUCCAACGAUGGAGGAGUUGGCUGCCAUGCUGCCAUCAGUCCUCACACAGUUACAGAUCAAGAGUGUGAUUGGUAUCGGAGUCGGCGCUGGAGCCUACGUUCUCAGCAAACUGGCUUUAAAUGAGCCCAGUCUGGUGGAGGGUUUAGUUCUGAUCAAUAUUGAUCCCUGUGCCAAGGGCUGGAUGGACUGGGCCGCAUCCAAGCUGAGCGGAUGGACCAGCAACCUGGUGGACAUCAUCAUGGGACACCACUUCAGCACUGAUGAGUUGACCGAGAACAAGGAGAUCAUCCAGACCUACAGAUUACACAUCUCUCAGGACAUUCCCCUGGACAACCUGGCUUUGUUCUACACCAGCUAUGACAGUCGGACCGAGUUGCAGAUGGAGCGUCCGGUGCCUGGUUUGAACGACAACGCGGUGAACACGCUCAGGUGUCCUGCUCUGCUGGUAGUUGGAGAUACAUCGCCUGCUGUCGAUGUUGUGGUGGAGUGUAAUUCCAGACUGAACCCCACCAAGACCACCCUGCUCAAGAUGGCGGACUGUGGCGGUCUUCCACAAGUGGUGCAGCCUGGAAAACUGGCGGAGGCCUUCAAGUAUUUUGUGCAGGGGAUGGGCUACAUGCCCACGGCCGGUAUGACCCGCCUGGUCCGCUCCAGGACUCACUCGGCCUCAAGCGUCGGCUCGGGCGAUGGCGUCCGGAGCCGCGGUUCCAUCAACACGCCCCCGGAGAGCGCGCCGCCCACUCGCCCCUAACCCCGCCCCUUUCCCGGCGGGCCUCGGAGACGACGACGGCGGAGGACUGCAUCCUUUCUCUCUCUUCCCGAGUGCAGUUUUAGCCGCCGUUUAGCGUCCCUCGCACUGUAGCCGAGCGAGUUCGCCCAAAUGAGGUCGAGGCGAGGGCGGCCAUUUUGGCGCGCUAAGGAAGGCGUUGUUGGUGUGUUGCAUUCACUUCCUCCCUCCCUCCCUCCCUCCAGCCCUGCGGUUGCCGUGGUGAUGCUGUAGAUGGCGUUCAUAUGAGGUGUUGUAUUUAUGAUUCAGUGGACUGUUUUAGCAGCUCUGCUCUUUUUACCGCUAGAACCUUCUUGAUUGGCUGUGUUGUCGUAGUUGCAUGCUUCAUCUAUGUUACUUCUAUGGAACCAAUUAUGUUACACUUACGGAACCCAUUAUGUUACAUUUACCGAUCCAAUUAUGUUCCAUUUAUGAAAACUUUGUUACAUUUGUUACAUUUACGGAACCAAUUAAGUUACAUGUACGGAACCAAUUGUUAUAUUUACGAAACCAAGUAAGUUAAAUUUACGGAACCAAUUAUGUUACAUUUAAGAAAACAAGUUACAUUUACGAAACAAAUAUGUUACAUUUCCGAAAACAAUUAUGUUACAUUUACGGAUCCAAUUAUGUUACAUUUAAGAAAACAAUAAUGUUACAUUUACGGAACCAAUUAUGUUACAUUUAAGAAAACAAGUUACAUUUACGGAACCAAUUGUUAUAUUUACGAAACCAAUUAAGUUACAUUUACGAAAACAAUUAUGUUACAUUUACGGAUCCAAUUAUGUUACAUUUAAGAAAACAAUUAUGUUACAUAUAUGGAACCAAUUCAGUUAUCAUUUAUGUUACACUUGCGGAACCCAUUAUGUUACAUUUAGGGAACCAAUUAAGUUAUCAUUUAUGUUACACUUACGGAACCCAUUAUGUUACAUUUAGGGAACCAAUUAAGUUACAUUUAUGGAACCAAUUGUUAUAUUUACGAAUCCAAUGUUGUUACAUUUAUGAAAACAAUUAUGUUACAUUUACAGAACCAAUUGUUACAUUUAAGAAAAGUUACAUUUACGAAAACAAUUAUGUUACAUUUACGAAAACAAUGUUACAUUUACAGUUCCAAUUAUGUUACAUUUAAGAAAACAAUCAUGUUACAUUUAUGGAACCCAUUAUGUUACAUUUAUGGAACCAAUUAAGUUACAUUUACGGAACCAAUUGUUAUAUUUACGAAUCCAAUGUUACAUUUAUGAAAACAAUUAUGUUACAUUUACGGAACCAAUUGUGUUACAUUUACAGAACCAAUUGUGUUACAUUUAUGGAAACAUAUGUUACAUUUAUGGAAACAUUUGUUACAUUUACGGAACCAAUUAUGUUACAUUUAAGGAACCCAUUAUGUUACAUUUAAGGAACCCAUUAUGUUACAUUUAAGGAACCCAUUAUGUUACAUUUCAGGAACCAAUUCAUGUUACAUUUAUGGAACCAAUUCAGUUACCAUUAUGUUACACUUACGGAACCAAUUGUUAUAUUUACGAAACCAAUGAUGUUACAUUUAUGAAGACAAUUGUUACAUUUACGGAUCCAAUUAAGUUACAUUUACGGAACCAAUUAAUUGUUAUGAAAACAAUUAUGUUACAUUUACGGAACCAAUUAUGUUACAUUUAAGAAAACAAUUUUGUUACAUUUACGGAACCAAUCAUGUUACAUUUAAGAAAACAAUUUUGUUACAUUUAAGAAAACAAUGAUGUUACAUUUACGGAACCAAUCUUGAUCUGAGUAGUGAACCUCAACCUUUUUGUUGAAAACCCCUACUUCCUGUCUGAAAGGUGUCUGUGAGGUGCUGCUAGCAUGGCUAUAAGUGUGUUUCCCUCCCGUUGAAGUGUUCUCUAUGGCCAGCAUGCUGCGUGUGGAGUGACAAACAGUCCAGUGGUUGCAGUCUAGUGCGUGAGCGUAGUUCACCAUCGUAACCAGCAGCUCACAUGUUUUUAUUGUAGUGGUCUUUAUACACAACAAUGGGCUGGCACUAAACCUGCGGGUGAUUGAAGUGCAGACUUUUGAUUGAAAUAUAACGUCAGUUGCAGCCAUGAAUGGGACUUCUGAAUAGUCAUUUUCAGUAUUUCACAUCUAUUGUGGUGGACUAUAAAGAUGAAAACUCUUAAAUACUUCUGCACAUAUUUGUAUGACAGUUGGGCCAGCUGUGAAAUGUAUUUAUAUUAUGGCAGCAAUGUCACCUAAGGGCCAUUUUUAACUGGCCCUCGGCCUAUUGUAAAGAUACAAUGAAUGUACUAGUCGUUUAAUUUCACACCAAUUUGCUUUGUUCCCUCCAACAGAAAGAGAUUGUUGAUUUUGUUCAGAUAGUUUGGCACAGGGGUGUCCAAACUCUUCCCACUGAGGGCCAUUUUGAUAUAUGUCUUUGUCAAAUCUAAUACAAUAUAUAGAUUUUGUAUUUUUUAACCUCUAGAAGUCCCCUCCAGUUUGAAAGAAUCUGUCACAAAAAAUGUUAAGCUAUAUUAUUUAUUUAUUUUAUUCAACACUUAAGUCUUUAGAUAAACCUCAGGUCUAUCAGUCAUUAUAAAGUAAUUUUAAAAAAAUGUUUUAAGUGCUUUUCGUCAAAAUCCUGUUUAUGGUAAAAACAAUGUGCAAUAUUUUCCCCAAAGACAUUUUCAAAGUGAAAUAUUUGAUGUGAAGCAAUUGGAGCCUUAGAUAUGUCAAGUCAUCGCAUUGAUUUUAAAUAGUUUUUUCUCUCACAAUGACAGUUUCAGUUCAAAAGAGUUCAAAACAAGCCAUCUCCAUCCAUUCGUUUUUAUUUUACAAGCCAUACAUUUUUCCCCCCAUCUAUUCAUUUUUUUAUGCCUUUUUUGUCAAACACACAUAUAUAUAUAUAUAUAUAUAUAUAUAUAUAUAUAUAUAGCAAAUACGCAAUAUUUUCCUCAUAAAAUACUUCAAAGUGGAAUAUUUGCUGUGAAGUAAUUGAUUUUGAUUAAUUACUUUUGAGCAAUGACAAGUUUUAAAGAAAAAAAAAACAGCUUGCAUGGCUGCUUUGUGUUAUUAGUCAGGAUUGCAACUUUUUCUCAUUAGAUUUCAUUGGUUUACUCUUUUUUUUUUUGUCCCCCCCAUAGUAUUUUUUUUCAAAUGUGCCGCUGGCCACAAAUGGCUCCCAGGCCACACUUUGGACACCCCUGGUUUAGCACAUUUCCUCCUCCAUUAGAUAGCUUUAAGCAUAUUUCCAGUAGAAAAAAGUAGCAGAGUGACGCCAGGAUCCUUCAAUGUUUUUGUGUAUUGCGGCAUGAUGCUGCCCCCUAGUGGAGUAUUGAAGCAGUUUUUUCUGAAAAGCCACACAAGUUUAGUGGACUGAGGGCUUUAAAGCCAGUUCUUCUCUCUUCCCAUGUGUAAAGCAACAUUUCGACAUUUGAGAUUUGUACUUGCUGGAUGUUCCUUUGUACUGAAAUAAAGGCUUGUUAUGUGAA